AUGGUCGUAUAUGGGAAGACCAAUAAAAAAAGGAAGUGGGUUAAAUUUCCCCUGGAGGUGCUGAUAUUCUCGAGUGAUGAAGAAGAAAACACUAUAGAGACCCCAGAGAGUGGAAGCAGGCUAUCACAAUUGAUGCAGGAAACUACAAUAAAAAGGCCUAUGGAAGGUGAAUUGCUACCUUCUGCUAGUAUAGAUAAAAGGGUUAGGAGGUCGCCUAGGAAAUCACCCAGGAAGUCACCUAAAAAGAUAGAUGACGCGUUAGUGGAAGAUCAUUUAACCAAGUCUCCGAAACGAUAUUCAAAGGUAAUCGACUCGCUCAUGAACAGUCCCAACACGGGAAAUGAUUUGCAUCUAGGAUCUCCAAGAAAGAAAGCACAACCGCAAAAGAAAAUAUUAGAACUAAUUCUGCCGUCUUCAUCUCCAAAAAAAGCGGUUACAACGCCUAGAAGUUAUGGCUCGUCGCCUGGGAAGACUCCAAAGUCUACACCAAAUGAGAAAAACGCAUGGGAUGAUUUGUUUGAAAAUAUAGAAAGCUCUGAUUUGAGACAUGAAAAAUUGGAAGCUUUUCCAGAAAGAAAUGAGAUGAAACAAGAGAAACACGAAGAAAUCGGACUGGUAAUCAAUAGUAUUGAUUUAGACGGUAUAUAUAAGUCUUUAAACCAAGAGGUAGAAGCUAUAGCGAAGCCUGUUACGCUUAAGUCCAGAUUGAGCAGUAUUUCUCUGAAGCACAAGACCUAUGGUGAACAGAGAAGCUAUUUAUUAGAACAAGAAGAGGGCGAACCGUCAGAAGAACAUCAAAUAUUAAAUAAAGAAAUGAUCAGUAAUUAUUAUGAUUAUCAAGAUUCAUGUGAAGACACUGUUAAUAUAAACGAUUUACGAAAUUUAGGUAAGAAGAAUUCCGAUAAAGAAGAGCUUGAAUAUUUAUUGGAAGGACUUAUUUUCAAUGGAGGUGAAGAAAUGGAAAACAGUAACCAAAUACUAAUAAAUUCAUUGAUUGAUUUAAGCAACUUCCAUAAGGAAUUCUUAAUAAGAAAUUGUACUCAAAUUACAAGACGGCUAAAUAAACUUUUAUCUAAGGUAAGUAAUUUACCACCGGGGAAUGGGAGAGAGCUAAUAAUAUACUUGAUCCAGCAGAAUCUUAUUUGGUUCCUCAGUCAAAUACCUAAUAAUAAGGUUAUAGAUCAAGUAGAUAACCAUGUCAUCGAACUAUUGUUUGGAUCCUUUUCUUUUGAAAUACCCAUUUUGAAUAUUCUGAAUGUAACGAGGGAUAAUUUAAUUCAUUUCAUAGAGCACACAAGCAAGUCAGAUAUUACAGAAUUAUUAGUUGAGCAAGAUAGAAUAUACAAUGGCAAGAUAUUUGAAAUUAUCAAAUCCUCGGACCAACCAAACAUGAAAUAUUUUGAAAAUUAUUAUCAAAGGUAUCCAUUGUACAAUAUCCAUGAAAUCGAGGAGAAUAUAAACAAAGCUAUUUAUAAUAUAGAGAAAUUCAAGGUUGAAGCUAAUGAAAUGUCCAUAAUGAAAACUUUAGUGCUAGUGAGUACUAACGGAAACCAAUACUUCAAAUCGCAUAUAGAGCCCUUGCUUAAGCUCAUCAACCAUAAUUAUGACAAUAUAAUUAAUAAUAAAAUGGAUGACAACAUAACAAACGCAUCCUUGUUUGCUAUGGGAUAUAUAAUCAAUAUAAUUGAAAAUGAUAAGGAUCUUCUGCUGAACAGCAUUGAUCUACUAAAUAAUACAGAGCAGAAAAUUCAAUUGAUCAAUCCAACUUCCGAAAUAGUCGACCAUUUAAUUGGAUAUAAUAAUAUUAUUUUGAGUUUUUAUAUCCCAAACUUAGAUCUAAAGGUGUCUCGCAUUGUCAGCUACUUAAAGAAAUUUAAGAAUACUAUUAAUAACACUAUUAUAGAAGAGAAGAUAGCUACGAUUAUCUCUAAGCUAUCUUGUUAG